AUGACUUCAGGCAUCCUCAAGAACUUCCUCCUCCAGGGCCCGAAUCUGAAUCUAGCUUACAUGCCCAUGCUCUUCCCAAACUCCUCAUCCAGAGAAGAUGAAGCGGAGAAGCUGGAAGACAGAGAAGAUGGAGAAAGAGAAGAGGAGGAUGAAGAUGAGGAUGAGGAAUGCGAGGCUCAGGAGGACGAAGAAGAAAGUUUUGAUCAGCUCCUUUCCAACCACAGUGCUCUAGAUGUGACCAAUCAGCUGCUAACGUUUGCCGACCUCAUCAGCCGGGACAUCCAGAGAUAUUUUGGCUGCUGCUCCGACGACAGGGAGAGUUGUGACAUCUACAGUGGCUCGGUGUCAACGACGACCAGCGGCCGCCUGCGAUACUACGACGAUUUGCUGAGAAUUGCAAGAGCAGGAAGUCCUGGGGAGCGUGGAGACCGAGCUGUGACUUACGUUGAUGAGCCAGGAGUCGCUGUUGCUAAGGACAACGGUGGUCUCGGGCCCCUGGCUGACCUGUUUAACCACAAGGGCUCGAGUCAGGGUCGAGGCCAACCGAUGGUCAAGAGGCAUCUUCCGCUCAGCUUCUGGACGGAGCCGGUCCCACGCUGCGAUCUGGAUAGUCCCAGCAACACACCUAGCAUCGCACAUAGCAACAUGCAUGCUCAGGAACACAGACACGCACACCACAACCCCCUCGGCUGCACGGAGCCGGACUUCAGUGACCUGUUGGCAUACUGGGAUCCACACAUGGAGUUCACGCACACACUGACGGAGGACACACACAUGCAGCACUGA